GCGCGUGUAUGUGUGUCGGCGGCCGGGGAAGGUGGCGGAGCAAGUGCCCUUCCCUGGCGCCUUUCUCCUCUUUCUCUCCCUUCCCCGUCCAUUCAUUGCUGCCCUGCGGACUGUCCGCGCCCCAUCUUCUCCGCCAUGGAGGCGUUGAUUCCGGUCAUUAACAAGCUGCAGGACGUCUUCAACACGGUGGGCGCCGAUAUCAUCCAGUUGCCGCAGAUCGUGGUGGUCGGGACGCAGAGCAGUGGCAAAAGUUCUGUACUAGAAAGCCUAGUUGGAAGAGAUUUGCUCCCAAGAGGCACUGGGAUUGUUACUCGAAGACCCCUCAUCCUGCAGCUGGUACAUGUUACGUCAGAAGAAAGUCGGAAAACCGCUGGAGAUGAAAACGGGAUUGAGGCUGAAGAAUGGGGAAAAUUUUUACACACCAAAAACAAGCUCUACACAGAUUUUGAUGAAAUCAGACAAGAAAUAGAAACUGAAACUGAAAGGAUUUCAGGAAAUAAUAAGGGAAUCAGUCCUGAACCGAUUCACCUAAAGAUUUUUUCACCUAACGUUGUCAACCUGACCCUUGUAGAUUUGCCAGGAAUGACAAAGGUACCUGUAGGUGAUCAGCCAAAAGAUAUUGAACUUCAGAUCCGAGAGUUAAUCCUUCGCUUCAUUAGUAACCCCAAUUCAAUUAUUCUGGCGGUCACUGCUGCCAACACAGACAUGGCCACCUCUGAGGCACUGAAAAUAGCCCGGGAGGUUGAUCCAGAUGGGCGGCGUACGCUUGCUGUGAUCACAAAGCUGGAUCUUAUGGAUGCUGGCACAGAUGCCAUGGAUGUACUUAUGGGAAGAGUAAUACCUGUGAAACUUGGCAUCAUUGGUGUGGUCAACAGGAGUCAGCUGGAUAUCAACACUAAGAAGAGUGUGGCUGAUUCGAUUCGUGAUGAAUAUGGUUUCCUCCAGAAGAAAUAUCCCUCUUUAGCCAACCGCAAUGGGACAAAGUAUCUAGCUAGAACACUUAACAGGCUACUCAUGCAUCACAUUAGAGACUGCUUACCUGAACUGAAAACCAGAAUCAACGUUUUAGCUGCCCAGUACCAGUCUCUGCUCAACAGUUAUGGAGAACCAGUAGAUGAUAAGAGUGCCACGUUAUUGCAGCUUAUUACCAAAUUUGCCACUGAAUAUUGCAACACCAUUGAAGGGACAGCAAAAUACAUAGAGACUUCAGAACUGUGUGGUGGAGCUAGAAUUUGCUACAUUUUUCAUGAAACCUUCGGGCGCACCUUAGAGUCUGUGGAUCCCUUAGGUGGCCUUAACACCAUUGACAUCCUGACUGCCAUUAGAAAUGCUACUGGUCCACGGCCUGCAUUGUUUGUACCUGAAGUUUCAUUUGAGUUGUUAGUAAAGAGGCAAAUCAAACGCUUGGAAGAGCCCAGCUUGCGAUGUGUGGAACUUGUUCACGAGGAAAUGCAGCGGAUUAUUCAACACUGUAGCAAUUACAGCACCCAGGAAUUGCUGAGAUUUCCUAAACUCCAUGAUGCCAUUGUUGAGGUUGUGACCAGUCUUUUGCGCCGAAGGCUACCAAUUACAAAUGAAAUGGUUCACAACUUAGUAGCCAUUGAAUUGGCUUAUAUCAACACCAAGCAUCCAGAUUUUGCGGAUGCUUGUGGGCUCAUAAACAAUAAUAUAGAGGAACAAAGGCGGAACAGGUUAGCUAGAGAGAUGUCUUCUCUUGCAGUACGGGACAAGUCCAUUAAGCCUCCUGGUGUUAUGGCACCCUCUUCCCAGGAGACUUCUGCUGCUGGUUCUGCUGAGGUUGAUGGCAAGGUGUCCCUUGGUGCCGGAGAAACAAUUCCAGAAUCUGGAACUGGAAAUUGGAGAGGAAUGCUGAAAACAUCCAGGACCGAAGAGAUACUAGCAGAGGAAAAAUCCAAACCAGUAACAGUUCUACCUGCCAGCCCUCAAAAAGGCCACGCUGUAAACUUGCUAGAUGUGCCUGUUCCUGUUGCACGCAAGCUUUCAGCCCGGGAACAAAGAGAUUGCGAAGUGAUAGAACGUCUCAUCAAGUCCUAUUUCUUAAUUGUGAGGAAGAACAUUCAAGACAGUGUGCCAAAAGCAGUGAUGCAUUUUCUGGUGAACCACGUGAAAGAUACUCUUCAGAGCGAGCUAGUUGGGCAGCUGUACAAAGCUUUGCUGCUGGACGAUCUUUUAACUGAAUCCGAGGACAUGGCUCAGCGCAGGAAGGAGGCAGCUGACAUGUUACAGGCCUUGCAACGAGCCAGUCAAAUUAUUGCAGAGAUUAGAGAAACACAUCUUUGGUGAAGAAACAAAAGACUUGAAAAGGGCUAGGUGUGAAAUACUAAAUGAAACUCCAUGUGUGCAUGUAAAGUCUGCUUAUAUCAAGAAGUUUGGUUCAGUUAUCUAUGGACAGAAAACCAUCCUAUACUUUGCAAAGCAAAUAAUAUUUAAUCAUCAUUAUCCCCGUCUGUUUUCUGAUGAGACGAACAACCUUGUUUUAUGUGGGACUGAAUUAAAUUAAAAUUGAGAGAAAAAGCUAGGUUAAAAUCCCAGUGCCUGGUUUGGUUAAAUUAGUUGCCUGUGAAUAGGAUGAGCAGUGGAGUAUUGUGAUGUAGCUUUUUCAGCUGCUUUUGCAAUAUAAGUUUUUAACCAUGAAAGAAAGACUCUACAAUAUUUAAUUAUGAAUUUAAUUGCAUGCCCUUGAUCUUUUAAGCAGAUGAACAGUACAGGAGAAAUAUCGCUUCUUAGCUGUGUGAUAUGUAAAGAUAGUUGGUAUAACUUCUGGUAUUACUGAACUUUUCUCUUUGUUGUAGAAAUAUGGAAUAUUUGAUUUGUCAGCUGAGGAACAGAAUUGGCAAGAAAUUUCCAUUCAC